GCGAGUAUUUCUUGCUCUCUCGGCCGUCGGAGGACGUUUUAGUGAAAGUAUAACGUUAAUGUUGUGAGUUGGGAGCGUUCGUUGGCUGUCGAGCGCGGAGGAGGACGGCGUGAUGCGGUCGCCGGGUUUUGUCAGAGUCCGUAGUAACAGGGCGGGGCAGGACUCCGGGAGGGGCGGGCCUUGACGAGAACACGACUCGCCUUGUUGUGUGUAUUCCCGUGCUCUCAUCGCCAUCUUGUUGCAAUCCUAUUUUUUACGUAUGCGAGGAUCUACUUUCAGUUCGGUCGGAUUAAAAAACGCCCAUUUGCUUUCAGGAGAAACACAAGGGACGGAAAGCUCGGGCCCACGAGUGUGAACCGUGCAUACGGCGCUUCCUACCGGGACACUACCUACCCCCCUCGGUCUUUUUCCUCCUUCCGUCCCGGGCCACCGGGUCGCCUGCCGUGAGGGUUUACGCGCAAUGAGCAUCGAUACACUUUUGGAGGCGGCCAGAUAUCUGGAAUGGCAAGCCCAGCAACAACAGAUCACACGUGAGGAGGAGCAGCAGCUAAUCAACAGGGAGGCGGAGUCGAGGCGCGUGGAACUUGUGACCUCUCUGUCUCAGCCAGUCAGAGCCAACCACAUCACCUGGAGUGAUGACACUCACCGUCAACCGCCGCAUCAGCCUCCCGCCCCUCCGCCCCCAUCUCUCCCACCUCCUCAGGUCCCCAUCGCUGUCAUCCCAAUGGUCCCAGUUGUCACAGCGACUCCCUCGGUCCCGCCCAUCCCGCUUACAGCGCAGAUUGCCGCGGCGGCAACGUCGCUCAACAGCUCCCCGCCAGCCAAGAACGCUUCCUCCCCUCCACAGCUGCAGCAGCAGCCGACCUCUCCUCACCUGUUGUGCGCCCCCCAGAUGAAGGUAGAAACCAGUCAGCAGCUGGUUAGCGCAAAGCCUAGCCAAUCACAGCCUCAGGUUCAGAUUCAGUACCCCGCCUCCAUCAGCACUAAUGGCUCCGGCUCUCAGCAUGCACUGGUCCCCCAUCAAGCCCCGCCCACGUCCCAGCCCCGGCCUAAUGGAGUGACGAUGGAGGAUAUGAGGGGGAUGGAAGGAAAGAGGAGACCAGGAGGAGCCGGGACCAGAGAGGUGCAUAAUAAACUGGAGAAGAACAGGCGAGCGCACCUCAAAGAGUGUUUUGAGACGCUGAAGAAGAACGUUCCAAAUGUUGACGAGAAGAAAACCUCCAACCUCAGCGUUCUCCGUAGCGCGCUGCGUUACAUACAGACUCUGAAGAGGAAGGAGAAGGAGUACGAGCACGAGAUGGAGCGCUUGGCCAGAGAGAAGAUCGCCACGCAGCAGCGACUGGCCGAGCUGAAGAACGAGCUCAGCCAGUGCAUGGACGUCAUCGAGAUCGAUCGAGUCCUCCGACAGACCAUCCAGCCAGAGGAUGACCAGGCGUCCACGUCCACCGCCUCAGAGGGAGAAGACAACUUUGAGCAGGAUAUUGACGAUGACGAUCCAGCUCCACUUCCUGCUCCCGCGUCCCUCCCAAAACCAACACCUCCCAUCAUCCAAGCCCAGCAGCUCCUCCCCUCUCACCUGUCAAUCCAGCACGCGGCCCUGCCUCUGUCUGGUGUCCUGACUUCACCCUCCCCCUCGGCUCCACCUCCCCCUCAAGCCAUUGCUCCUGCUCCGGCCCCUUGUCCGCCCCCUCCGAUGCCAGUUCAUCCUCCUGCUAUGCAGGUCCAGCCUACUGUCAUCGCUCACGCCGCCGUCUCCCACCCGUCGGUCAUCCAGGCUGUCAAUCACGGCCUGCCUGCCAAUCACAAGCAUCUGACACACAUCGCCCCGUCGCCUGGCCCCACCUCCUCCACCCCUCAGCCAAUUGCGGCGGCUCCAGCUGCCACCGCCACUCACCAGCAGAUAGCCGCCCAGCCCAUCGGACACAUCACCGUCCACCCGGUGGCUCACCUGGGAGGUCCGCUGCAAUCCCACCUGCCGACCCUCUACCCUCAGGGGGUGUCUGUCUCCCAGCCCACCAUGGUGGGCCACAUCACCCACACCUUCACCCAUCACACCCUGCCACACGUCCAGGCCAAUCCUCAAGCUAACACUAACGGAGCCCAGGUAAACAGCGCAGCAGUGAUCAGCCAGGGGAGCUCGUCGAUAGGCAAGCCCACGGCGGUGCUGGCCCCACACCCGCAGCUGGUUGGACAGGCUGCCGUCCUCAACCCUGUCACCAUGGUUACUGUCCCAACCUUCCCUGUCAGCACGCUCAAACUGGCCUGAAAGAGCAAAAAAACAGCUGAGAAGGAGAGAAUGAUUCAGAACUUGACCCUCCGACCUAUAAUCAAUAGCAGAGUAUCUCUGAGAGACGGACACAUGAAAAUUUAUUUACAAAAAAAAACUGUUUUUGGACAAUGUGAUGAAUAUCUCCAGAGAUAUUUUGGUCACAGCUAUGUUAGUUUGUGAACAAGAACACAAGAGCAGAGUGAGUGGGUCGGGCCAUUGUUCGUGAAAAUAACGACUGUGACAUUUGUCUGCGCUGCAAAGAAAGACCUCUGUUUUACCUUCCUUCCUUGCCUUCUUCCCUCCUUCCUCUCUUCCUUCCUUCUCUCCUACCUUUAUAACCAGAAGCACUAACAUAAUAAGCUCAGUUCACACUCAGGCAUCAAGGACUUACCUUAACUUUUCAUUCACUCACUGAGAGAAAACACACGAGAGAGAGAGUUGUUUGUCGUCAGGUUGUAUGGUCACACAGUGCGUGCCCGUUUUGUAGUCACAUAUUCAUGAUGUCAUGUGGGACAUGCUGGUGGAUUAACGUCACUGAUUGGUUUGAGAGCAGGAGGAAGCAGCUCAGUCUGAGUUAAUGACACACAGGACAGGACUUUGAUAGGGUGUGAAGGAGACCGUGCAGUUCAGGAAGGCAAGACGCUCCUGAUUUAUUGCUUUCCAGUUUCUUUUUCAUUUGAUUUUGCACUGUGAUCCUCUCACAUGACGUGACUGUUCAGCCCUCCACAGCUUCCUCCCAACUGAAGGUUCCUUAUCACUGCACUGCACCAAACACCUCACAAAUAGAUUAAGAGAAAAAAAGGAUGAGUCAUUAUGAAACUGGAUCAAAUCUGCACUUAAGACAAAAGGAUGAUUAAAGAGCGUCUCAGUUAGAUGACCUGCCUCGUGGAGAACACUACCCGACCUUUAGUCUUAUAAACAAUAAACAGAUUUAAAAGUAGUGCAGCAAAAGUUUGAGGUUAUUCACAGUGAGAAAUCAGAGUUACUAAAAUGUGUCAUUUGAGAAAAAUAGUUCCUAUCAAGUUUUGGCAUCAACUGGUGAUUUUUGUAACUAUAAAAUUAUUUUUAAAAAAGCUCAGGAAAUCAGCCAGAAUCUUUUUAAAACUCCCAGCAAUGUUUCUGUUUGCAUUUCGUUGGCUUUUAACACGUUUUCUUGUCAGGUAAGAUCAGAUGUUUGAGUCCUGAUUAAACCGUUUAGACAGCAGUAAAGUAACGCAUCAUGUUUCAUAAGGAUCUGCACAGAAAAGUCGUCUGCGUAUCUCAGAUUUCUGAAUGCCUGCCUGUGCAACCAACUGCUCUCAAAACAUUCAGUGACAGGUUUCCUCUUGUCAUGAGUGAGUUUCCCCUCACACCUGUAGAGCGAUGCAGGUUUUCAUCCUCCUCACUCGAAUGCAACAGCUCCCUCUGCUGCCGCAUCCCAGACCUCAUGCUGACGUUGCUCUCACACUCUGAGGCAAAAUACAGUUUAAACAGUAGUUUGACAAACAAAAUCUUAACAUAAGCAGUUGUUUUAUAGAAUAAUUUGAUUAUUUGAUAUAUAAAAACUCCUCGUCACUGUUUGCCAGAAUCCCAAAGUGACGUGACCCAAAGAGACUCUUCAUUUACGAUCAUGAACAGGAAAGAGCAGCAAAUCAGUUCAUUUCAAAAGCUGACGCCAGAAAAUGCUCAUUUAAAAAAAUGAAACAAAUAAUCCAAAUAGUUUGCAACUGAUUUCCUUUUGAUUGACUAAAUCGUUGCGGAUCUACAAAGAGAAAUAAUCCCGUACGGUGUUUUAUUGUACAAAGUGAGGAGCUGCUCCAGCUCCUGACAAGAUUGUGAGCCGAGGAUGAGAGCUUGAGUUAAGGUUUCUUUUUGUCAGACAGAUGCAUACUUCUUUCUCACUGAACGGUCUUGAAAUAGCACAACAACAACAAAAAAAAAAUACUGAAAACACAUUAUUGCAGCUUUGUGGAGAAUAAUUUGACAGUAAUUUGGAGUUCCAGAAUGGAAGCUGUUGUGACGCCCACUUUUCUGUGUGUGUGUGUGUGUGUGUGUGUGUGUGUGUGUGUGUGUGUGUGUGUGUGUGUGCACAUACUCGAAACGUUCACGGCCUCACCGCCUUCUUGCCAGCCUAUACGUGUCGCAUUAAACCUCCCGUCGGCGUCUGUGUGCGUCGCCAGUGUCGCGCCUCCUCUGCUGUUUUCUGUCCGUCUUGUCUGUGUUCGUGACUGUAUUCAGUAUGUUUUAUAUUCUGUACUAUAAUUAAUCCUACUGUACCCGUAGCAUGGCUCUGUUUUUUUGGUUAUAGAGUUUGCCCUGUGCAUGAUGUGUGUAUGAUGUGUGUGUGUGUGUGUGUGUGUGUAGCAAGCAAGCUAUUUUUUUACACAGAGGUGAUUUAUGGUAUGAGCCUGCUUGGGUGCUAUCGUGUGUGCCUAUACUCAGUUUUCCUGAACACUGUGACAACUCUGGCAAAACACGGACACGUUGAAAGAAUGGAAGAGACAAAGAUUUACUGUCCUCAUUGUUGGUUUGUUUUUUGUUUGUUUGUUUUUAAUGUUUUUAAGUUUUCCAUUUUGUGACAUGGACUGAAACAUGGAGUGGAAAAAAUGUUUAAAGAAAAAAAAAACAAAAACAAAAAAAGUUGUUGCUCUUGAUAACACAAUAAUGUCUAAUAUUCAAUUUGAGUUUUGUAAUAUUUGUAUGUACGUAUGGAAGUUUUGUGAACUUGUGAUGGUAUGCACGUUUUGGCAUAUGAGUGUAUGUAUCUCUUCAAAUUUUAAAAAUGCUUGUUUCCUUUUUUUUGGGUUCGUUUUGCAUGUAGAUUGCCGUUUUUUUAGUUUCUUUUUGUUUUAAAGGUUUUGUUUUUUUCCGUUGUAUUUUCUGGGACCAUGUACAAUACUGUAUAACGCAGGCAGGAUCUUGGACCUCAUGCUACAUUGAUAUUAUAUAUGAAUAUAAAAACAUGUUUUCCCUAUGGAGAAAGUUUUAAGUUAUAUAUCGCCUGUACACUUUGGGCUGCCUUUUAGAUCUAACUGUCCACUGUUUAAGAUAACAAUGAUGAUAAUGGAUACAACAUAUUAAUGAUGAAGAAUUAUGCUGAUGAAAUAAUAAAGAUUCUUAAUAAAUCUUAUUACAUUUACAACA